AGAGAGAGAGAGAGAGAGAGAAUAAAAUGGUUGUCUCUAAUAUUUCAUCGCAAGCAUUUUUCAAGCUCUUUCUCUUCUCUUUCAUAACUCUGUGUCUCAGUUCUAAACUUGCAGUUGGAAGCAUUACCAGGCACUACAAAUUUGAAAUCAAACUGCAAAACGUCACAAGGUUGUGCCACACAAAGAGCAUUGUAGCAGUUAAUGGUCAAUUUCCUGGACCUCGGAUUGUAGCGAGGGAGGGCGAUAAUCUUCUUAUCAGAGUAGUUAAUCAUGUUGCCAACAACAUCUCCAUUCAUUGGCAUGGAAUUCGACAACUUCGAUCCGGGUGGGCGGAUGGACCGGCAUAUGUUACCCAAUGCCCUAUACAAACGGGUAACAGUUAUGUGUACAACUACACGAUUGUAGGACAAAGAGGUACCCUUUGGUGGCAUGCUCAUAUAUCAUGGCUUAGAUCAACAGUUUAUGGUCCUUUGAUCAUUCUUCCAAAGCGUGGUGUUCCUUACCCAUUUACCAAACCCUACAAGGAGGUGCCCAUCAUAUUUGGAGAGUGGUGGAACACAGAUCCUGAAGCAGUCAUAAACCAGGCACUACAAACCGGUGGAGGCCCAAAUGUCUCUGACGCCUACACCAUCAACGGACUCCCAGGACUGUUGUAUAACUGUUCUGCCAAAGAUACAUUCAAGCUGAAGGUUCAAGCUGGGAAAACAUACCUUCUUCGUCUAAUCAACGCAGCAUUAAAUGACGAGCUUUUCUUCAGCAUUGCAAAUCAUACACUUAAAGUGGUCGAAACUGACGCUGUUUAUGUUAAACCCUUCAAUACCAACACCAUUCUCAUUGCCCCAGGACAAACCACAAACGUUCUUCUCAAAACCAAACCCAACUUUCCAAAUGCAACAUUUCUCAUGACCGCAAGGCCAUACGUGACUGGUCUAGGCACCUUUGACAACUCCACUGUUGCUGGCAUUCUUGAGUACGAAGCAACUACACUUCACUCAACACUCCCAUUGAACAAACUUCCACUCCACAAACCAAUUCUCCCAGCUCUAAAUGACACAUUGUUUGCAACAAAGUUUGCCAGCAACCUCCGCAGCUUAAACACUCCACAGUUCCCAGCUAACGUCCCACAGAAAAUUGACAAGCGUUUGUUCUUCACAGUAGGACUUGGAACCAACCCAUGUAGCCAGCAACACAACAACCAAACCUGCCAAGGACCCAAUAAUAGUUCUAUGUUUGCUGCUUCGAUCAACAACAUUUCAUUUACAAUGCCAAACACCGCCUUACUCCAAUCCCACUUCUCUGGCCAAUCAAAUGGAGUUUAUUCAUCUGACUUUCCGAUCAGUCCUAUAACUCCGUUCAAUUACACCGGAGCUCAGCUGACCAAUACUAACGUCAGCAAUGGUACAAAGCUAAUGGUGCUUCCAUAUAACACUAGUGUGGAGUUAGUGUUGCAGGACACCAGUAUUCUUGGUGCUGAAAGUCAUCCUCUUCAUCUUCAUGGAUUCAACUUCUUUGUUGUUGGUCAAGGGUUUGGGAACUUCGACCAAAAUAAAGAUCCUAAGAAGUUCAAUCUUAUUGAUCCUGUUGAAAGAAACACCGUAGGUGUUCCCUCCGGCGGGUGGACUGCUAUUCGGUUUCUAGCAGACAACCCUGGUGUAUGGUUCAUGCAUUGUCACUUGGAGAUUCAUACUAGUUGGGGUUUGAAGAUGGCAUGGGUAGUGCUAGAUGGAAAGCUUCCCAAUCAGAAGUUGCUUCCUCCACCGUCAGAUCUUCCCACAUGUUGAUUGAUGUUUAACUCUUCGAGUUGCUUCUUGAAUUUUGGGACAAGAUCAGUUGCUGACUCUAUAACCCGCACCGUCCGGGCAUCUUCUUCCGUUAACCUGUUCAAUUUGUUUUGUUCUAUUUUGGCCAAUUCAAUUUAAUAAGUCUUGUAUUUAUCAAUGUAGAGUUUUUUCUUGAUCGAUUUAAUUGAGGAAAUAAAAGGGU